CACCGAAGACAGAGACCUACUCGUUUAUUCGAUACACGAUGGUGAGAUUUGGUGUUGGACCAGAACCGUCCGGGUUUCCGCAUCCCACCAUGAAAGAAGAUUACGAGACUGGAGAAAGGAAACAAGCUGCUGCUGAUGUUUUGUUUCACUAUUCAAAAUUUGUGAUGGCAUGUAUUGGAAAUCAAGUUCGACCUUGUGACUUGAGGUUGCAUUUGAUGAAGGAGAUCUCUGGAAUGCCAACUUCUCUUAAGAGGAGGUCAUCCCAAACAGUAGCUGCUUCUCCUGUUGCAAUGGGUGAGUCAUCAAGCUCGGGACAGCAAGACUUUGACAAAGCAGAGAGUUAUCAAAUGCCAUAGUCUGAAGCCUGGUUUUAGUAUAUAUGUCACUGAGUAAUUUGCAAACUACCAUAGUUGUUCUUGUUUUCUAUACUUGGUGCUUUCAAUUUUAAACCCUAUUCAAAUGGUCGGUCUUACAGUAGAUUCGUGCAAUGUGCCAUUGCAGAUUGUGUAUACCUUUUUUUCUUUUUCCAAUUCCAAUUCCAGAAUGUUUAGUAUGGGUUAUUAAAUCUAUAAUACACAGUUCUAGUUCUAGUUCUCAUCUCA